AUGGAAGAGCCACUCGAGCAGCCAACCGGAGGGACCGAGGCGAUGGCAUCCGGGCCGGAGGACCAUGAGGCACGCAUUCGCCAGCUUGAGGCCCUCGUCGAGUCCCUUCAACGGAGGCUUAGCGAUAUCGAGAGGAGUCACCUUCCCAACAUCCCGAACGACGAGGCGUUUCAAGUCCAGGCUGAGAGCAAACUGGAGACCCCGACACCCGUCGUAAAUGCGACAGAGGUGCUGCGGGCUGAGGCGGCGUCGGGCAACCUGGAUCUCCCCAUGCCAGUCAAAGUCAGCGAGGGAGCCUUGAGCCCGAUAAGCCCGGGAACGUCCGCGCGUGGCACACGCGUGAGCUACACGGAGGUGGACAGAAAAGCUCGAGAAAGCUACGAGUGGCAGGCCAGUACCUGGGAUUUGGCGCUCUUUGUGGGCACCGAUGUCCUGGGCCGAUUAGGGGGCAUUCACACCGUGAUCCUGCUGCUGCUCACCGUUUUUAUCCAAUUGGUCUUCGUGGUCAUCGUCCAGGAGAAUUUCUCGCAGCCAUUGAUCGACCAAUCUACUGUGCUGGAUGCAAGCCGCUGGCGACUGUCGACAGGACAUCGUGUGUUCUUUUACGAUUCGCUGACGCAGGCAUCGCUGGUCUCGCGGGUGUGCAACUUCGACAGUGCGCUCGAUGUAUCGCAGGGCCAGGUCAGCUGGUGGACUCUUGCAUACAAGUAUCUUCGCGAUGACCAAUUCUUCGCAGGCCCGGUGUUAGCCAUGGUGGCUGUCACCUUGUGGUUUCUGAUGGUGUCGGGUGACGUCGUGAAAACCAUGGAUGGAGCUCGGGCGUUGGUCUGCGUCCCACUUGGGCCGACCUGCCUUGUCUUGGACACGGAGGACGAGGACGAACCAAAAUACACACUGACGAAUCUCUCGCGGGGACGGAAAGUGUGGGGCGCGAUGCUACUACUGGUGCGCGGCUCCGUGGCAUGCGUUCUCCUCUACUCCGGAACCCUGUAUGUCAUGCACACCCUAAAUCUGUCCGACUUGGUGCUCAACUGCAUCGCGCUCGAAAUUGUCCUGAACGUGGACGAUCUGUUGUUCAAUGCUUUGGCAGCCACGCCGGCAAGGUUUCUCCUCCAGACGCUGCAGCCGAUCCAGUUGAAGAGUUGGCCACGACGAAGUGGACUUGAUGUCAAAGCUUUCGGCAGUCUCCUUCUUCUUGCCGGAGCUCUGGUCUUGGUCUACAGCACCCUGCUGGACCCCAUGUUAAAAGACAUCCGGGACCUUAGCACUGCGCUUUGCGGAGGGAAGCAGAACUUUGUUUGGGUGGAGGAUCCUCUGCGCAUGGUCAGCGUGGCGGAGACUUGGGCGUACGACUCCGCCGACCAGACAGUCCGGAAUGCCCACGAACGAAACCCCCAAUACGUCAUUGUCAACGACGUCGUCACCAUGGGCAUCAACGGUACGACGUUACUGGGAAGCUGGCAGAAGAUGCAAGACAAGCGUGCGCUGGACGCAUGGGCAGAGGUCAGCUUGAGCGAAGCCGUGGAUGAGAUUCAGCCGGAGUGUCAGGAUGCAGACAGCAGCCAUCCUGGCUGGUACUACUUGGAAAAUAUCUUGAGACGUCGGCAUCUCGAGGACGGCCCACCCCCGCCCCUCGGCAACCUCAACUGCCAGACGGCUGCUCGCUACUGCACCAGCAUCUCCCUGGAGACGACCUGGGCUCCGGAUGAUGGUUGCCCUACCACUUGUCGGGCGUACGACCUCACCGGUGAGUCGUACAAAAUCGCGGGCCGCACGAGGGAGUUCGCAAGAUUCAACUGUUCUGAGGAUAUGUCUCUGGCGGACAUCAAUCGUGACUUCCCUGGGGUGUGGGAAGCGUGGGUGGAGCAGCUGCGGGCUUUCUCUGUGGUUUAUGGCGAGGGUGGAACGCAAGUCGCGGAGAUUGCCGACGAGAUGGAGGAGUAUGGUUGCGACAUUUCUGGAAACUACACUGAGAUUGCCUGUUACUUCGACAACCCUUCUCUCAGUGAAGGCCAGCAGCCGUUCCAAGGGUUCAGUUUUUUCUGUCCCAUCACUUGCUGUUCGGAAUCUACUCCUGACAACCGUGACUUUCUGAUGUCGGUCUGCCCAGAGACAUGUUUCCAACACGGGGGAAGCAACUCCGGCCUACCUGGCGACAGCAGUGGUCCACCGGACUCAGGAACUGGCACCGGACCAGACUCGGGAACUGGCACCGGCACCGGACCAGACUCGGGAACCGGCACCGGCACCGGAACCGGCACCGGAACCGGCACCGGAACCGGCACCGGAACAGGCACCGGAACCGGAACCGGCAGCUCGGGAACGGGGAGCUCGGGAACGGGGAGCUCGGGAACGGGGAGCUCCGGAACCGGGAGCUCCGGAACCGGGAGCUCUGGAACUGGCACUGCGGGGACCGGAACAGGCUCGGGCACCACUGGCAGCUCGGGCACUGGCAGCUCCGGAACGGGCAGUGGCAGUUCAGGAAGUGGGACUUCAAGCUCAGGCACGGGCACAAGCUCUGGUUCUGGAGGUGCAGGAACCGGAACUGGCACCAGUACAGGCACUGGCAGCGGUGGCACAACAUCCGGUACCGGAGGCACAGGGCCACCCCGCUGA